CUCUUAAUCUCUUCUCCCUCCUCAACAACGCAGCUCCACAGCCGAUAACCAUUUUCCACAGCAAUUUCUUCUCUCUCAAAAUGAGAGUUCACCGCCAAAGCUUUUUCUCUCUCUUCUUUUUCUCUUCCAGAUCGACGGACGGCGAUGACUCCCUCCACAGUCGCAACAGCCCUCCGCCUUCACAGUCGGACCAGGUCGCCGGUCGCCGUUCGCCACUCUCGGAGACUCGGACUCUCGCCGGUCGCCGACGUUCUCCUUUGUCCAGCAGCGCAACCAGCGUCCUCCGUAUAGCAGCAGCACAAAAUCCUGAAAAAGAUGGAGACACAAUUUUUUUUCACUGUAUGGAAAUGGAAAGAUGUGAUCCAGAUGAACAAGAUUGCACCAGAUUGGAGGCAGGCACUGACCCUCAAGGAGGCAGUUGAAGAAAAAAUCACAAAAGAUGGAGUGAUUGGCAUCGGCAUUGCUGCCACUGCUGUCGGACUUGUGGCUGGUGGAAUCGCAGCUGCAUUGACUCGCAGGCUGAGAGGAAUCCAACUCCAUUACAUCGUGCAGCAAAGUUAUUAAUAAAUUCUCAGUUGGAAAAUGGAAAUUUCCCUCAACGGUGAGGCUUAAAGGUGAUAUUAGAAUCUCAAGAGUGUAGUCUGCUAGAAGAAGAAGAAUGGUCCGAAGUUGCUUGUCUCAGUGGGCGUACCUCAAAAAGCAACAAACACAGACAAAUGUAAAGGAUAAAAUAAAAAAGAUGGAACUAACAAGUUAAGCUCAGCUCCUUUCUUUCUAUGCCUUAGCUUGGUGUUCAAUACAAGGAUCCAAUGGGAGUAUUUUACAAGAAGUUGUUAAAAGCAAUGAAUAUAAUUGUUGGAGUGUAUGGGAGGAUAAGAAUGAUUUACUUUUCAUCUUUUUGAUUAUAUGAUAUCGUGACAUAUAUUAUCAUUCUUCUCAUUCAUUUCAUCUUCAAAUAUACAUAUAAUGUUACUAUAUAAGUGGCCUGGUGUUGUGGUGAGUGAACACAAAUAUACACUGUCACAUCUCGGCUCAUUUUCCCCCCUCUAUUGAAGUACCAACUUGAAUUAUUAUUACUCUCUUCCCCAAUUCCUCCGUUCAAUAUUGCAGCCCAACUUCAAUUCUAUUGCUAUCUAAGACCAUAAUUUCACAACCAACAAUGACGCUCUCAACACUAAGCAACCGGUCUAUUGAUGAGAGUGUAAUCAGAGAGCAGGUUUUGUCCACCGACAAUCAUGACGGUAGACACUUCAAUACUAAUUUCAUUUUGAGCGAUGUGGAAAAGAUUCUUCGUCUCGGAAUGGGUACUACUGAAGAAGUGAUGGUGGAGAAGUUGAAUCAAGUAGUAGAGCUCAAUAAUAUUUACGAACAACUUUCAUAUCAUAUCAGACAAGUUUCGAUUGAGUGUCCGGUUUAAACGCUAAGACUGCAAAUCAACAACACUCCACUACUAUUGGCGUACUGAGGAAGCUGUGUUGGUAUUCUUGGGAAGAUAAGAUGGUCCUCAUGCUUGCUGCUUUCUCUAUUAUCUAUGGAGAAUACCAUCCUUCUUGAUUCCCGAUUAUGCAAAGGCGUUCCCAAAUUAGGAGGAUUGGUUAAGAAGUUGAGAUCUCUGAUACAAAAUAAUCUAGCUGAAAUGCCACCCUCCUACAUUCAAAAAGUAGUUGUGAAUUGCUUGAAUUCAGUGUUAGAACUCACCAAAUGCUUGGUUGAGCUCAAGCAAUGCCCAUAUUACUCUCCCUCGGCAUCAAUAAUUUUCGCCUUACCAAUGGCUACCUAUUGGAUAGCCACAACUCUCAUUAACGUCAGUGCAGCCUGUGCCUGUGUUGCUCACUUCAAGGUUCAUCAUCAAAAUGAACUUGAGGAGCUAACUGCUUUAAUUGCCAAAAUCCUAGCUACUUUAUCUCCCGAACUAGCAAAGAAAAAAGCGGAGGAAUCUUUUCAAAUAUUGCGGCAUGCAUGGUAUUACGAUUCUUCUAGUAGGAUAAAACUUUUGAAGUUAAUGUUUAAUGCGAAAGAUGAUUAUGAAGGGAUAUUUGAAAAGCAAAAUGGUUUCACGGGAUUAAAUGAAUGGAGAAACGACCAAACAGAUCUUCUACUAAUAACAUCAGGCUUUGACAUCUCUAAAGAACAAAUUGAUUUUCUAAAUUGGUUUUAUGACAACUCAAGACCAUAUAUUAUUUGGAUCCCAAUCAUGCAGUACAAUGCAGCAUGGACCUCUGAGGAUGAACAUCACUUUGAAAAAGUAAAAGAGAGGAUGCAUAGUUUAUGGUUUUUGAAAGAUCCACAAAAAAUACUGUUGCCACAAUUCACUAGAUUUGUUAAAGAGGAGCUAUUUCCAAAGUGUAAGAUGAGAUGGGGAGAAGAGGCUAUCCUUGUUUCAAUAGAUCAGAAGGGAAGAAUUGCUCAUCCAAAUGCCAUGCAUAUGAUACUCACUUGGGCUCCUCAUUAUAUUCAAGAAAAUUCAAUAGGAGUACAAAGAUUAUAUAAUAUAAAUUCCUUGGUAGCAAAUGAGGUGUACGAAGGAACUUCUGGCAUUAUUCGUAUUGUGCCUGAAAUUGGUGAAAUGAUUAAUAAUUUUUUAAGUGAAAUUGGUGAUAAGAUAAAUGUCUGGGCACACUUGGUUGACCGCAGGAUACAAGAAGUGCUGGAAGAAUCUACUCCGUAUCACAGCGACAGGGAGAAAGAUUUGUGGCAACAAGAAACAGCUUGGAGUCUUCGUCUCCUUGCACCAAAAUUUCAAUCCUAUCAAGCAAUUGGCGAACUCAUAAAGGAUUGGAUUCAAGAAGAAAAAUAUAUAUUUUUGUAUGGAGGAAAUGACAUGAAAUGGGUUCAAGAAUUCACUUCCAAGGUACGCGAAGUUGGUUUCAUAACCCAAUUGGAAAUAGAAUUGGUUUAUGUUGGAAGAAACAAGAAAAUAAGAGGAAUCAUUCAUGAAAAAAAAUUGAGUCAUUCUCCUUUGCACAAUUCAACAAGUGUAGGGUGGUUUUGGACUCGUCUUCGAAGUAUGUUUUUGUCAAGAAUUCAUUAUUUAGCUGUGAUUAAUUGUCCUGUUAAAGAAUACAACAAUGAUGAAAUUUUGCAAGGGCUUAAAAAAUUAUUGACCUACGAAAGCACAAAUACAACAAUUGAAGGAUGGGCCUUGUUAAGCAAAGGAGCAAAAGUGAUUGUAUGUGGACAUGGAACUAAAAUGUUGCAAGUCAUGAAUGAAUAUCAAAUAUGGAAGGAGAACAUAGCCCCCAAAGGUUUUGGACAAGCAUUUAAAGACCACCAUGAUAAGAUUUUCAUGAAUAGGCAUUCUUGUUGUACUCUGGAAUAUCCAAUUAACUUGGACCAAAUUCCUGAAAAUGAAACAUGUCAUGAGUGCUCUCGCAGUAUGCACAAGUUUUUAACUUUCACUUGUUGUCAUGGCCAUGAUGUUGACUCUAAUAAAGCUGAUGAGUAGAUUUUUUA